CGCGCUCGACGACACCAAUUGACCAGACACCACCCGUACAUACUGCAACAUAGAGGGGAGAAAUAAAGAAAAAAAUUAUACACAAAAUGCCUGCUCCUACUGCCCUCCAGCGCCGCCCCGAAGAACUGGCCGACAAUGUCGCCCUCGAAGCCUCGUCCGUAUCGCUGCCCACCGAAUCCGACGGCGACCUCAUCUCCAUGAGCAUCGACCCCGUUGACGCCCCCAAUACAACCUCGGAUGCGCCCGAAGAAGACAUGCCCAUGGUAGAUGAGAGUGGCAAGCCCAAGUUCCCCGCCGCCAAGUCGAUACCGCUCGCCUUCCGGCGCGAGCAGCGCAAGGUGCCUAUUCCGCCGCACAGGAUGACUCCCCUCAAGAACUCGUGGCCCAAGAUUUACCCGCCGCUGGUCGAGCAUCUCAAGCUGCAGGUCCGCAUGAACACAAAGAGCAAGAGCGUCGAGCUGCGCACCUCGAGCGCUACCACCGACACGGGCGCUCUACAGAAGGGAGAAGAUUUCGUCAAAGCUUUUACUCUUGGUUUCGACACAGACGAUGCUAUCGCGCUGCUCCGACUAGACGACCUGUACAUUGAGACGUUUGAAAUCAAGGACGUAAAAUCGCUCUCGGGUGAGCAUCUCAGCCGCGCCAUCGGCCGUAUCGCCGGCAAGGAUGGCAAGACCAAAUUCGCCAUUGAAAACGCCAGCAGAACACGAAUUGUUCUUGCAGACCAAAAAAUCCACAUCCUUGGCGGCUUCAAGAACAUCCACAUUGCUCGCGAGUCCAUUGUCAGCUUGAUCCUUGGACAGAACCCCAGCAAAAUGUACGGCAAUCUGCGGACCAUUGCCGGUAGGAUGAAGGAGAGGUUUUAAGCACGUGAUACUAGUGCUCUCAGAGAGGAAAAAAAAGCGGCAUCAGGCAUUUACAUGGCGUUAAGGCGAAAUGGAUCGGGGAACAUGGCAGGCAAACAAUACCAUCUGACAUGACUUGACGACGAUUGGAAGACGAUGGGCUGGCGACAUUGCCAUGUAUAUGGCUAUAUACGCAAAUUUGCGAUUUCCAUACAUACUAUCUUUCGUCCACAUGAUCAA